CUCCCGCCUCCUCUAGGCCGCCGGCCGCGAAGCGCUGAGUCACGGUGAGGCGACUGGACCCACACUCUCCUAACCUGCCCUCCCCGCACUCGCUCCCGGCGGCUCUUCGCGUCACCCCCGCCGCUAAGGCUCCAGGUGCCGCUACCGCAGCGUGAGUACCUGGGGCCCCUGCAGGGGUCCACUAGGUGAGGGAAUGCUGGCGGUCAGUUUGCAAAAUCCUGCCUUCCCCAACUCACUUUAGACUCCUAGGGGAGAUAACAAGAGAUACUUAAAUUGUACUACGAAAUUUGGUGAAAAUGGUAGACGGCUUUUCUUUCUGCAAAGCACUGAGAUCUAAGUACCUCAUCAGUUGUUCACAUGCAUACAAUUUAGUCGUAGGAGUCUGGAAGGACCCAGACAUAAUCUAGAUGGGGAUAAAGAUGCUUUCUGGUUGCUUCGAUGUAGGUGAUGACCGGCCUGUACUGCUUUGAGUAUUAAGCUCGUUUCUGCGCCUUGCAACCCAUCACCCAAUAAAUAUUUAUUGAUUACUAUUCAGGGAGGAUACAUUUUAGGGUAGGCCUUGACUAAGUGGAGGGUAUUGUGGAGUAGAGCCCUUCUGAAUAACAGCAGCUAACAUUCUCAUAGCACUAACUGCACCCCUUUGAGGUAGGCGGUCUUAUCAUUCCAUUUUACAGAUAAAACUGAGCCACAGAGAACCUCAGGUCACACAGCUGAUAUGUGGUGAAGCUGAGAUGCAAACCUAGGCUGUCUGGUUCCAGAGUCUGCUUUUUGCCAAAGCACCUCUCUUCGUUUCAGUAGGAAUCUUUGAAGGAAUUGGGUAUAUUUCACUUGAAGAAAAGAUUUAAGGGAUUGGGGGUACUGUCUGCAAACACUUGAAGUGGAAAAGGGAUAGAUUAUAUUCCUUCUGGGAUAGUCCAUUAGAACCUAGACCUCCCAAAGAGGAAAAGACUUUCGAAUAACAAACUCUGGCUAUAGGUAAGUCCUGAAAUAUGAGAUACAUUGCCAAGAACAACUGGUCCAUGACUUGCCUAUGCUCUAGGAGACUUCAUGAGUAAGCUGAAAGAUUUCUUGCCCAAAAUGUUGGCCCUGAACUUCAGGAAUAGAUGGGUCUUUGAAUUCAAUGACCCUCGAAGAUCUCUUUUAAUGCCAAGAUCUUCAGCAUGUUCUGGUAACAGUUAGGGACCUCUUUGUUUUUCUCCAUUUUCUCUAAGGCGCCACACAAACCUGCCCCCAUCUGUCAGCCUCAUUGGUAGCAACUACCUCAUGGGUGCUACCAGUGAGGCUGACAGAUGAGUGGCACUGGGGAAGGGGUGGAAGAUCGAGAGAAUUCAGUGAAGUAAGAAAGACAAAGUGUUCAUUGGAGAUUUUUAGUAAGUGGGCAACAGAGCUGCUAAAGUCAUGCUUCACUUAACGAUGGGGAUAUGUUCGGAAAAAUGCAUUGUUAGGUGAUUUUGUCGUUGUGCAAGCAUCUUAGAGUACACUUAGACAAACCUAGCUGGUAUAACCUAGGUGUGUAGUAGGAUAUAUGGUAUAGCCUAUUGUUCCUAGGCUACAAACCCAUACAGCAUGUUCCUGUACUGAAUACUGAGGCAACUGCAACACCGUGCCCUCCAUCCUCUACAGCUCGGCAUCAGAACACUCUCUUUUUAGACUCCGAUAUGGGGUCGUCCAAGAAAGUUACUCUCUCAGUGCUCAGCCGGGAGCAGUCGGAAGGGGUUGGAGCGAGGGUCCGGAGAAGCAUUGGCCGACCUGAGUUAAAAAAUCUGGAUCCGUUUUUACUGUUUGAUGAAUUUAAAGGAGGUAGACCAGGAGGAUUUCCUGAUCAUCCACAUCGAGGUUUUGAAACAGUAUCCUACCUCCUGGAAGGGGGCAGCAUGGCCCAUGAAGACUUCUGUGGACACACUGGUAAAAUGAACCCAGGAGAUUUGCAGUGGAUGACUGCGGGCCGGGGCAUUCUGCACGCCGAGAUGCCUUGCUCAGAGGAGCCAGCCCAUGGCCUACAACUGUGGGUUAAUUUGAGGAGCUCAGAGAAGAUGGUGGAGCCUCAGUACCAGGAACUGAAAAGUGAAGAAAUCCCUAAACCCAGUAAGGAUGGUGUGACAGUUGCUGUCAUUUCUGGAGAAGCCCUGGGAAUAAAGUCCAAGGUUUACACUCGCACACCAACCUUAUAUUUGGACUUCAAAUUGGACCCAGGAGCCAAACAUUCCCAACCUAUCCCUAAAGGGUGGACAAGCUUCAUUUACACGAUAUCUGGAGAUGUGUAUAUUGGGCCCGAUGAUGCACAACAAAAAAUAGAACCUCAUCACACAGCAGUGCUUGGAGAAGGUGACAGUGUCCAGGUGGAGAACAAGGAUCCCAAGAGAAGCCACUUUGUCUUAAUUGCUGGGGAGCCAUUAAGAGAACCAGUUGUCCAACAUGGUCCAUUUGUGAUGAACACCAAUGAAGAGAUUUCUCAAGCUAUUCUUGAUUUCAGAAAUGCAAAAAAUGGGUUUGAAAGGGCCAAAACCUGGAAAUCAAAGAUUGGAAACUAGUGGAAAGCAGAAGAGCAGGUCUCGAUGUGUCCUAGAAUUUUGCCAUUUCUGAGAUUGAGCCAUUGAAGGCAUUCCAUUUCUAAAGCUUAUUUAGCCGGUGCUUCUAAAGAAUUCCACACUAAAGUGAUAACAUGGUUUUUGUAACAAUAAAUGUAGGAUAUUUCCUGGCACAUGCAAAUAAACCUAAUCAUUGUUUCUUUAAAAA